AUGGAAUGUUUUCACGGUAAACCAGCUGCUUGUUCUACAACUGCUCGUGGUACGUUUUGGUUUUGUGGCGAAACACCGAGCUCCAACACAUGAGCACCAACACAUCAGAGAUUGGCCAAAUUAUGUGUGGUAAAAGAUAAAUUGAAAGAUAAUUAUGGAAGACCCUUCUUCACCUGUUCUGAUCGACAUGAUCCUUGCAACUUUUGGCAAUGGGGAGACAUUUACGAAAGCCCUCGACCACGCUGCAAGCACGGGAUGGUAUGCACCGUACGUAAAGUGAAGAAAGAAGGACCCACCCAGAACAACCUGUUUUACUGUUGCCCUCAGAUUGACAGCUGUGGAGUUUUCGAAUGGAAAGAGAUCGAACCUCGUUUGGCCAAGACUGGAUUCGUCCUAUUCAGUGACCCGCUAGAAUAUCGAUACAAGAAUGAAGACACGGGAGAAACAUUCACUAGUACUAACAUUAAUGCUAAGGAAGCGUAUGAAGAAUUCCUUAAGAAAUAUGAAUAA